CAAUCGUGGAUGCUCUCGUAAACCUUCGCUCUUGAGAUUUGAAUAUACGCCCUCUGCACAAUUGUCUAUUGAAGUCUUCACUGAACUCAUGAGGAUUCUUGACCUCUCUCUCUCAUUCACCGAUCGCACAAUUCCUAAUUCGAUAUCGGGAUCUCGAGGUUCCCGGGAAAUUACCUGCGCACGGUUACUGUGAAGGAUUUGGGGGCCAGCGCUUCGCACAACUCCCCUGAUAGCCUGAACAGGCAUUGAAGCCUCUUUUAGGGUAAUGUACACAAAGUGACAUCAAACCUCUUUACCAUGGAGUGUGGGGAUGUAAGAAAAUAGCAAUUCCACAAGCAAUCACGAAUCGCCUGUUUUCUUGUGGCAGACCCACCGAAGUAUGGCAUAGUUCACCGGAACGUUUCAGGACAUAUUUUACGGUGAUGUACGAGGCUACAUUGCGGGCUAUGAUGAUUUGCUUCGGAGGUCGUAGGUAGGGCAGAUUAUCUAACGCCGACAAAGCAAGGAGUUGAGUCCGAAUCGUGACCCUGACCCAAUCAUUGAAGCGCAGCGCUUGUUUGCUGUGUACGCUAGGGCUAUUAAUAAUCGGAUCUAAUAGAACUCCCCUUCCCCAGCUGUUACUCACCUUUCACAAAUACACGGUUGGAUCGAUCAUUUCUUUUCGUAAAAAAUUUCCCUAUCCAACCACAGGUCCCACAAAACUCCCAUCAUGUCCGACACGGCCCCCACCAAGGAAUCACCAAACGCGACAGAGAUCCUCGAAGAUGCCAUCAAAACCCAAUCAACAUCUCAACUUGACAAAGCCCUCUGGGAAGCGGUGAACAAUCUCGAUUUCGAAAAGAGCGAAGAAUUCGCCAAAGAAGCAUUACGCAAAGUCGUACGCGCCGGGAGCUCAGUCCUAGCAGCACACUUGAUAGAAAGUGAAGGAGUCCCUAUAUCUGCGCUCGAUGAGCUAGACAUUGGUCACAACCCCUCUAUCCCGCUGUUUGAGACCCUUGCUGCAAAUGGAUGGGAUGUCAACCAAGCGAGUCCAAAAGACAAUUGGCGGAGAGGCAGGAGGACAAUUGACAGAGUGAUAGGGGAUCACGAGCUUGUGGUGUGGCUGGUCGAGCACGGCGCGGAUGUGAACCACGGAGAAGAGGAAUACGACUUCGAACCCAGACCUCCACUUCUAACCGUUAAUUGCGCAGCAUCGGGGUCGGUGGAAACAUUCAAGUACUUGCUCUCGCAUGGCGCGAGGAUAGGACGGAGAACGAUGCAUUUGGCAGCUGGCGAGGCAGCGGCGGUUGGUGCCAAUCCAGGCGGUGUGCACCAGACGGAUUCUACUACCGAGCAAUCAAACGACAAAGAAGAUUCAAAGAGCGCGUUACAGCGUCGGAGGGAAAGAGAAGAAAUGCUGCGAUACCUUGUGGAUGAGCUCGGCUUAGACGUGAAUGCGCAAGACAGCGAUAGCGAUGCCGCGAAACGGAGACAUUAUGGAACGCCGCUGAACUAUGCGGUGCAGCACAAGGACGGUGUCGCUGUUGUGCGAUGGCUGCUGCAGAAAGGUGCAGAUCCCACACUGAAGGGCAUCAGUAUGGCCGCGGAACCAAGGACAAUCGCCGAGAGUAGCGGAUACAUGGAUAUUGCUGAGGCUCUCGCGGAUAAGUCGUAG